AUGGUGGAGGUGUCACUUCCUGGACACUACCUGGUGCGCUGUGAAUUGCCAAUCGACACCUGGCAGCUGCUGUGGGAGUUCCGCACUUCCAUUCAGACAAUGCUCUACCGCAACCUUAACAAUCCCCGCUCUGUCAGCAGCCGCUCUGCUCAAGACGGAGAGCUCAUCUCUUUGCUCGUAGAUUUGCUCAACAACACAGACUCCGACCCUUUUGCUCAGAACCAAAACAGUGACAGCGAGCUGGAUUAA